AUGGGGCAUCCGAGCGACAGCCGCUAUAGGGGGGAAACACGUCAGAAGUCAUGUGGUGCUGAUCACGCUGAAGUUUUCUGGAAGGCAAAUCGAGCCACCUACACAGGCAUGUGGCGCGAUGAUAGGCCUCACGGGAAAGGUACGUACGUACUACCGGGGGAAAACGGGUUUACGUAUGAAGGCAACUUCUUUGAAGGGGACCGCAAUGGCAGCGGUAUUUGUGUCUUCUCAGAUGGAAGGAGGUAUGAGGGGGGGUGGCUUAAAGACAAUAUGCACGGCAUGGGCAUUCUUUUUGGGAACGAAGAAUCGGAUGACUUUGUGGAUUACACAGGUCCUUUUGCCAACGGCAAGCGAAGGGGCCAAGAUGGCACCUGCCGUUACAAAAACGGAAGCGUGUACAAGGGAGAGUGGCUUGAUGACAAGCGCCACGGGCGUGGGGAGUUGGAAGUGGGUAAAAACGCCUCUAUCCCCGGAUAUAAGCCCAUACCUGGAGAGUCUCACGUUUCAAGCUACGUUGGUACGUUUGUUGAUGAUGUCCCGAAAGGUGCUGGAACGCUGAAAUAUUCAGAUGGCUCCACCUACGAGGGUGAAAUUGAGGGAUUACACCGACACGGUAAGGGCGUGCACCGUUCAAGCACUGGGUGUGUGUUCAAAGGAUCUUUCGAAUGCGACAGGCGGCACGGUCCCGGCGUUAUGAUUAUAUCGGGUGCCGAGUAUCGCGGUGAGUGGCACUAUGGUUCCCUCGAGGGCGUAGUGACAAUUACAGGAGAUAAGAUACCGAGGGCUGAUCCGUCCCUGGUAUAUUAUUGUGGGCCUGCCGUACGCGGGGAGUUGACAGGUGACAAUGCAGUAAUCGAGUACAGGGAAGGGUACAGCUACAGAGGAUCAGUGCGCAUGAGCAAGCCACAUGGGAAGGGCGUGCUGCUCAAGAAACCAGUCACCCUUCCCGAGAUCGGGGAUUUUAUACUUCAGUACGACGGUGAGUUCGUAGCGGGCCUCCCCAAAGGUAGCGGUGAGGGUGUGUUUCUUGCUGCGAAUCCGGACACCGACACUCUCAGUGAGGAGAGCCCCCUGGAACCCCGUGGUUUCCUUCCAAAAUACAACUUUUCUGGUCGUUACAAGGGCUCGUGGACCGAUGGAUUACCCAAUGGCAAAGGUCAGUGGAUAUGGGACCAAAUUGAUCGCACGUACUGCGGGGAUGUACUGCGUGGCUUCCCCCAUGGAGAGGGGACACUAACCUGCUCAUCGGUUAGUUACACCGGUUCGUUCGUUAAGGGAUUACCAAAUGGAACUGGAAAAGCGUCAUGGACGGUCGGUGCCAGCGUUGAGAACACGUACGAGGGCGGAUGGAAGGAGGGUUAUUUCGACGGGGAAGGCUUGCUGAAGUUGCACGGGGGAUACAGCUACAAGGGCCAAUGGUCCAAGGGACUCGUGGAUGGGCUCGGCACCGAGAUCGUUCCAUAUGAGCGUACUUACACGGGAAAGUUUAGCCAAGGCAAUAAACACGGAGAGGGAAAACUCUGUCUGAUUCGCAGCGGUGAAGUGUAUGAGGGUAACUUCAUCUCGGGAGAGAUGACUGGAGCCGGCAAGAUGACCACGAGGGAGGGCCACAUUCUCAAGGGUGAAUUUAUUAACGGGAAAAUGAGUGGGGAUGGAGAGGCCAUUCACAAAAACGGAACGGUAUUUCAGGGCAAGUACAGAAAUGGCGCUGCCUUUGGUACUGGCCGCAUUCUUUACGCACACGGUGAUGUGUACGAGGGAGGUAUCGUGUCCAGCGGCGACUUGAUUCCGCACCGUGACGGUCCCGGCGUUUAUAUGUUUUUUGAGGGGGGCAAGUUGGAGUGUACUUGGAAGCGCAAUGUUCUGGUUGGAGAGGGGUUGUACACCUCAAGCAACGGAAUCCGCUCAAGGCGCAGUUAUACAGAGGGCAUAUUGGAUUUUGAUGAGCUCAUCGAUAAGGUGGAUCCCGCAACCAGCGGCGAUCUGUCCGACGCCGUAUCAAAACAUAUGUCGACCGAUACAAACACCUCCGAAAGUGCCGACAUCUCCGCUGUUGGGAUAAAAAUUUGCCGUUCGUUGCCCUCAAGGAAGGCUUGUCAUGGCAAUGUUUCAUUAGCAGUGUGUGGAUCCCCUAACACGGGCUCGCCGCCGUUUGGGGGAGUAAAACCGGUACCACCCGCAUGUGUAGAAAAGCAGUUUGUGCCACUUCCCCAAAUUCAAAUUCAAACUCCACGACGUGACGGGGAAGCCUCUUUGGCAGAUCCCUACCCAAUUGGGCAAGUCAGGGUGAGAAACGCAGGCCAAGGCUCCCCCUCGUUUUCACCAAAGUCUCCCAGCGCUCCUUUUUUAUUUCCCGGUCCAAGAAUGAGCGGGACCAACUUCUCACUGGAACGGGACGCGUUGGUGAGAACGAGCGCCUCAACGAUGAGAAAUGACAGCCUUCGGCCUCUUAGCCCCCCAUUGUGUUUGGAGCCUCGGGUAGCCAGUUCAAAUGGCCAGCGCUUUCCUGCACUGAGUGGUUCUGUGGUGAGAAACAGCGGCACACCCGACCACAGGGAACACGAGAUACGAAGAUUAACUGAAUCGCUUCAGAACGUCAACGAUCGGAUUUGGACGGCAAAAACGGCAAGAUCCGCCACAUGGAGCUCAGCAGAUCCCGUGACACCUGAGAAGAAACCCGACCCAGAUUCCCUGCAGACUCUCCAGCAAGAGCGACGUACCGCCCUGCAGGAUCUUGCCAGCCUCAUGUAG